AUGUCUCAAUAUGGCCUUAAACAGGCCCCUCGGGCUUGGAAUGAACGUUUUACCAGGUUUCUUCUUACCUUGGGUUUCCAGUCUUCAUAUGCUGAUCCUUCUUUAUAUGUGAAGCAUGAUGGACAGUCUGUGGUUGUCUUAUUAUUGUAUGUUGAUGAUAUAAUUCUCAGUGGUGAUGAUGAGACUAAAGUUCAAGCUGUGAUACAUCAGUUGACUAGUGAAUUUGAUAUGAAGGAUUUAGGACUUCUUCAUUAUUUCCUUGGUCUUCAAAUUGAAUAUCAGACUCAUGGUUUAUUUGUGCAUCAAUCCAAAUAUGUUUCUGAUUUACUCAAGAAGACCAACAUGUUGGAUAACAAGCCUUAUACUACUCCUUGUCAUCCAAACCACAAGCUACUCAAUCAUGGCAGUCCUCCCUUUCUCGAUUCAGGCCUUUAUCGGAGUAUUGUUGGGUCCCUUCAAUAUUUGACAUUUACUCGACCGGAUAUCGCUUAUUCAGUUAAUCAGGUUUGCCAGUUCAUGCACUCUCCUCUCGAGAGUCAUUUUGUUGCUGUUAAACGAAUUUUACAAUAUCUCAGAGGUUCCAUGUCUCUUGGUUUAUGUUUUAAACCUGGUCUGUUGGAUAUUAAAGCCUACACAGAUGCUGAUUGGGCGGGUGAUCCCAAUGACAGGAGGUCCACCACGGGGUUUGUCGUGUUUUUGGGGUGUAAUCCUAUCUCGUGGAGUUCUAAGAAGCAGCAUACUGUUAGUAGAUCCUCCACUGAAGCUGAAUACCGUGCUAUGGCGACCACCACUGCAGAGGUGGUUUGGUUACAGCAGUUACUCCAGGAUUUACAUCUUCCGUGUCCUGAUAUUCCUCUUCUUCACUGUGACAACAUCUCUGCCAUGGCAUUGGCUACGAAUCCUGUCUUACGUUCCAAAGCCAAACAUAUAGAAAUCGAUUGUCAUUUCGUUCGUGAACGUGUUCAGCAAGGCUACAUUAUGUUGCAGUUUGUCAAUUCUGCAGAUCAGCAUGCUGAUAUUUUCACCAAAGGAUUGUGUUUUCCUUUGUUUAGUUCUCAUUGUACCAAUCUUAUGCUUGGUAGUACCUCCCAUAAGAUUGAGGGGGAAUGUUAG